AUCGAGGCGGCUCUGCCGAUGUGGUUAUGGGGGCCCGUGGACAAGGAGAAGAAGAGGCUCGUGCUGCUCCUGGGUUCCAUAGCGCACCUGAAGAGGCGCGGCCUUUGCUGCUUCGGCGUCAUCGGAGCCUACCAUGCGAGGAGGGUGGCGCUGCUAAUGGCAUGCGCAAUCCCGCUGUUCGGGAUGGGGCUGGGCAUGCAUCCUGAGGGCAUGACGUUCGCUCAGGGUUCACUUCGUGACUCCGAGAUCACGCAGUGCAUCCGGGAGGCGCUGGAUGGGCCCGAAGCGGUGUUUGCUGUCGAGGGACACCCGGUGAUGCGGCUCGAUACUGGCUUCAUCGACCUAGUGAGUGCCUUUCCGCCUUCCUUCCACGUCUUGCUUCUUUCUGGGUCUUAUUUUGGCUUCAUAGGUCGAUGCCUGCAGGGGCAAUUUAGCCCCUUGCAUGAUUCUCACGCGCCGUUGCCGGAGGACGAGGCCGUGUGUGCGGCGAACCGUGCUGCCGACGAGGCGCGUAAGAAGGACGCAAAGAAGGAGGAGGAGAAGAAGACGCAGACCGCGCGGCAGCACGGCAAAUGCCAGCAGAGAUCAAACGAGGAGGUGGAGGAAGAUGACGAUGAUGAUGAUGGCGAUGAUGAGGAGGAAGAGUAUGACAUCCCUCGGGAUGAGCUAACGCGCGAGAUGACAACGAGGGACCGUCCUCUCGGUGUCAGCACAAGUUCCCUUCGACCCUGUGCCCACCCCGGCGCAGGAGGGGGAGGAUAGGCGCGUGGAGGCCAUGGGCGCAUAUCGUGGCACCCUGCUGGGAGCCCGCACAAGCGGAGGGUUCCAAACGCGCCGCGGAGGCGCAGCUGGGGUCGGGUGGACCGACCCCGUAGCGCCCUCGCAUGGUGGCGCCUCAGUGAGUUGAGGAUCUCCUUGUUCUUUCACUCUAGGCGAUCUUAUGCUAACUGCUCUAUCUUUUAUGCUUUCGUUGUAGCGCUGGAGGCCGGGCAGAUACCUUGGUGGUGGCGCCGCGGAAGGUCCUUGUGCUCCAGCGGACGCCCCCGAAGGCAGCCGACGUGGAAAGGUGCACCAGGUUCACUCCCCGAGGCCGAGGUGCAAACGUUGCUGCUGCCCCAACAGGCUGUUGUGUCCGCGGCGGGGCGAACAGAUGAGGAGAUGGUGCGAGAGGAGCCGCCGCCGCACGAGAUUGCGGCGAUUGCCCAGGAGGAGGCCUUGGCUGCCGAUGACGAGGUGGCCGCGGUUGCCCCGGGGGCAGUGGCGCAGGAGAUGCCUGCCAGCUUGGCGCUGGAGGGAACAGGCGAGGCCAGCCACGGCGGGGAUCCUCGCCGUCUUUGGCCUAGGCGGGCGGCAAUCUGUUGGCAAGGGGAGGUGCUCAGGGCUCGCAGGACCCUACUAUGGCGAUCCUUGCCCUGGGUGACGAGGUGGAGGAUGCAGAGAGGAGAGAUGUCUUUAAGGCCUUGUCCGCCGUGUAGUCCCUUCUAAAUCGUAAUCGGAACCGUCAUGUCGAAGAGGUGCGAUGACGUGAGGAGCUAGCCGAGCAGCUUGCUACCGCCCGCCAGGAGGUGGCUAAAGCCCGAGCCAAGGCUCUCGUGGAUGCUGCCGCGUUCCAGCUGUUGCAUGAGGAGUGGGACCAGUUGGCUCGGAGCGUGGACGAGUUCUGCGGUGAGCUUGAAGCAGCCGACCAAGAGCGCGACGCCACCAUGCGUCUGUCCGAGGAGAUGGAGGAGUGAGAGCGGGCCAUUCAAGGGAGUCUCGCGGUUAAGAUCCUUCUCUUCUUCCCUUCAAUUUGUUAGAUUCCUGGGCACGACAUGCUUCAUUCCUCUCUCGUGCAGCCGUCCAACAGCAGGUGGCUUCCCUCCAGCAAGAGCUUGCUGCCGAGAUGUACCAGAAGCUUCAAGCCAAGGCGGCUGAGGCCGACCUUGCUGUGGUGGUUGCUUCUGGACGGGCAGGGGUCGUUCGCUUGAAUACCGAGGCGGGCAAGCUCCGCGAUCAAGUGAGUGGUAAGGCUUCGCUUGCACCGGCCGUUCUUUUGGAGCUUCAGGCAGGCUUUUUGACGUUGUCAGUGUUUUACCGCCAAGCCCACCGAGGGGUACCCCCAAGGCGGUGAGUUUGUAGGUAGGGUGUCGCCGAGAUCGAACUCGAAGGUGCAAGGAACACAAAGUUUAGACAGGUUCGGACCGCCAAGAGUGUAAUACCCUACGUCCUAUGUGGUUUGUAUUGCCUUAAAUGUUGAUCGGGGUGAUCUCCUCCGUUUGGAGGGGUCCCUACCCGCCCUUAUAUAGAAGUCCUAGUCAGAUACGAGCCCAAGAAU